GUUAAGUUACCCAGCUGAGUAAAUUGUACUAAGUUGCUUUGAAGAAAAGUGUCAGCAAAGCAUAAAAAUAUGAUGCUUGCAUGACAUCAACAAAAAGAGGUAUGUGCAUGCAGGUAUAUGAUUCUUGAGUACAGCCUAUUUGUCAUAUACCAUGGUAUAAAAGGAAUACAAUAAACAUUCAACUUGUCUACUGAAUCAUGUCAAAAGAUGGACCCAACUACUCACAAGUGCAUUGUUUCACACUGCUUCUCUAUGUAGAAGGGAACUACUGAUGUACCUUUCAAGAGACUAGUCAAGAUGUUAAUACAUUGUUGACCAAGCACUUGGGUGGUGCUACUACCUCACAGCACCUGGUCUUGUUGGGUGUGGGUUUGAAUCCAGCUCAGUCUGUGUGAUGUUUGCAUAUUCCACAGGCAUGCAGUUCUGGUGAGUUGUGUGUUUGGCCACCCUCAGUUGAGCUAGUAUACCCCACAGCUCUGUCCUUAGUGGCUCUUGACCACUGAGAUGUUGACCUGGUAAAGUAGUUACAUCUGAGUGAAUAAAAUUUCUGAAAAAGUAGUUACCCAUCAUACUUUGAAAAAUGGUCUCAAGAUGUAGGGGAGGGUACCAUUUCUUUAUUUCAUUUUUUAGGGAAGCGGGGGGGAUCAGUAUUUUUAAAUAAAGAUGAUUCUAUUAGAAGCUGCGGUUUCUGGGACGUUGCUUGCUCUAGCAAAUGGACACUAGUAAAUGUGAAGAGACAAUUGAAUAAGAAUCUGUCAAAACUCUCCGUUCUAGAGUUUCAGAGACACAGUGGUGAAAUAUGAGUGCUCCUUUCUAACUGCGGGCAGAAAUUCCAAAAAAGUUAAAUCUGCCACGUAAAGAGAGAGAAUAAAAUGUGUAUUUCGUGACGGCUCUGUUCGGACUUUCCUCGCGCAGUUGAGCAGCGGGAUGAUUUAAUGCGGAACGGCUCACUUGCAGUCUUCCUAUUGCUCUCUCCUCAUCAGCCUGCUCUUUGCUGCUUUUCGGUCUCCGAUGGAAGAGAUUCUUCAGAGAGCUGUGCUGUAAUUCAUUAUGCUUCUAACAAGCUGAGACACAAUUAAGGUAAUAAAUUAAUCUCUUGUGUUUCAGCGCUGCGCCUAUUGAGCUACCGGCAUUGAAACCCCAUUUCAUCUGUACCUCUUAACCCAGCAUCUUCCUGAACCUUUGGCAAACUGGGUGAUGCAUUUAUUGCCCGGGUCUUAACAGCAUCAAGAUGCUCGUGUGCAGGAAAUCAGGGGCUGGUGGUGGAGAAGGGGACCUGGGGGCACAUGGAGACAGGGAUGAAGGAGAAGCCACAUCUCCGAGGUCCAGCGAAGCAGCGAUAACUGGCAGGCAUCACUGGAAGUCACCAGUUGGGUUUGAUACAUACAGAGCAACAAGAAAGUGCCGAUGGCAGCUGUUCCAUUAGUGCAGCUGGCCCUGUACACCAUCACGGUGGUCUUCGGCAUCCUUGGAAACUGCGUCGUGAUCGGUGUCAUCGGGGAAAACGCGGUGCGGGAGGGCAGCCGAGGACCCAGCUCUGACAUCAUUUUGAUGAACAUGGCACUGUCCAACCUGCUCGUGUCCUUGCUGUAUUUGUCCCUUGGGUGGUGCCGCUUUUUCAUGUGCAUAUGGUUGUGGCUUCGCUGCGCCAACGUGUGGUCGACGCUCUUCCUCAGUGCUUUUCACCACUACACCCUGCACCGCCUGGCCCCUGCACAGAACCAUUCACAGGGUUCCCAUGGGUUCCAGAGAGUUCUACUGGGCUUAGGGCUGGUUUGGGCCUUGAACCUCUUGUUUUCGCUUCCUGCCUACAUCUUCUCCAAGAAUGGAGAGAGGAACCGCACAGAGACUUUAAUGUUAGUCACCACAACGACACGACCCUUACUGGGCUGUGUGUGGAAUUUUUCAACUCCCUACAUCGGUCUGGUAUUUGCCACCACCUUCCUGGUGUUCCAUGAGAUGCUUCCGAUUGUUCUAAUGAUCGUGACAAACCUGAGCUCCCUCUAUACCCUCUACGGGCAUGGGCGCACAUACAGCGGGACAAAGCCCGAAGAGGACACCCUCAUACUGCGCAGAAUACCUGCUGAGAGGAGGGCUGCCAAGGUGAUUCUGGCUCUGAUCACGCUGUUCAUAGUGUCCUGGGGAACCAGCAUCAUCUCCAACAAUCACUUCAACUUCAAUGGUGGCCGCUCUGUGGAGUUUCUCCUUACUUUGGCACGUUUUGCUAACACUGGAUUCAUUGCCCUGUCCCCUGUGGUGUUAGCCUUGGGUCAUCGUCGCAUUCGGGCUGUGGUGAAGGCCAUGCUGGUGCACUGACCCCAUAACCAGCACUAUAUGCCGUUUCUUUACAUCAGCCGAGAUUAUUGUUUAGAAUCAUGGAGACUCCAGUAACUGUCCACGAUAAAGAUAUUUAUAGUUUAAGGAGUGGAAAUAUAGUUUAAAUAGCAUCACAAAAGAUGAGGAGUUAAUUAUCUAGUACAAAACAAUUACAUGUGAAAUGUGAAUGAUGAUGAUGAUAAAAAUUAGAGUGGCUUCUGAUGAGUCAUACGGCAGCUGCUGUCGAAAGCUGAUUUGGAUGUACGGUGAAACUUGGAGAGCAAUCAGUCUGGACAGUCAUCAUCGAAGUCUGAAGUUCUUUCUCAGUGUCAUGCUGAAAUCGGCCUUGGCGGUGAUGCAUCUCAUAUAUGUGAACCACAGGCAGGGUAAAGUGCAACUAGACAAUCAGUGUGGACAGACGUCAUCAAAGUGUGAAGUUCUUGUCAGUGUCACUUGUGUCACACUGAAAUCCAGCUUGGCUGUGACACAUCUCAUAUAUGUGAACCACAGCACAACCAGACAAUUUCUUAUGCAUGGUAGCGUAAGGAUUUUGUGUUUGACAUCCAUUGCCAUCUUCCCUUGCAAAACUCCUAUUGUAAAUCCGCAGUUUUAAUAAUUUUAUGA